AUGGGAGUAGUUGACAACUGUCUCCAUCUGCUGAUACACGCUCACGAAUUGGAUACUACUCAAAUACAUGAGAUACUAACCAAAAUUCAUGCCAGUGUGAAUCGCGAGGGAGUAUCCGCGGAACUUCUCGAUCAAUUCAUAGUUUUUCUGUGCGAAACUUCGCGCAUUUCAGUUUCAACGAAAAUCUUUCUAGUUAGGGAAGCUUUACUUCCCAAUGGCAAGAUUCCUGACAGUACUGUUCACACUGUCAUCAAGUAUCUUGGAGUGACGAACUUUUCAACUUCUCAAAAGCAAGAGACUCCACGAUCGCUGCAGACAGAGCUCUGCAAAUGGCUUGUUCAUGUGUAUCUUUACAUGGAGGAUGUUUCUGUUUUUGAAAGGACAUACUCUGUAUGGUUUCACUUGUGGAGCCUGGACUACCUUCAAAUAUGGAUCACGUAUUUACUAUUUUGGUCGACGAGCAGGUACCUGGCGAAGCCCUGGCGCAUGAAAGUACAUAUUUCUGUCGGAAAUAAUCCAGGCUACUCAAACUCCAGGGCUACAGCAACUUUGUUGCUCCACAAGUACUACAAUAUUCACAGGCAUUCCUCUAUUGCCCGCGCCAUUACAAAUUUAAAAUGCAAUGCACGGCGAUUAAAAACUAUCCAGCAAUCUUUUUGGGAUCAUGUUUUUCUGAUCAAGUGGUGUUUCGUUCUGGAACUCUCGAAUAGCAUCUCAAGUGCCUCUUUCCACGUCCUGGUAAAUGAACUAGAAACUAAACUAAGAUGCCAACCUUCUAAAGAGUGGGACGACAAACCGAUUCCUCUCAAAAGCAUCGAAACUCUUGAAAAUCUUUCUCAGCACUUUGGUAAGAUAUCAUUUCCUAACGAUAUAGACGCAAUUUUGACCAAAAGAGAUCGAAACUCUUUAGUGUUCCUGGCGACUGCUGACUCAACUAAUGACUUGUGGGACCGUGUUUUACAAUGGUUCCAAUUGAAGCAGAACUAUCAGCCCAGUAAGGGCCGUUUGCAUGAGUCCGAUGUACGAUACAGACAUGGAAUGAUGGCUGCGUGGAUACUUAAUCCCAAAUGCUUAUCUAGUCCUAUAAUUAUUCAAUCUGAAGAGAGGGGCCCAUCUAAUAUUCUAAUGCUGCUUGGGCUUUUAUGCAAAUUUGAAAUGGUCGAGAACAUAGCAAAUUCAAUGACUCACAUGCAGUGCAGAGGCAUUUUGGCAAUGAUUUGCACUUUUUCGAAAGGGCUGGAUGUCGAGCGCGCAGCAAUGUAUUUCUCGGCCAUCAAAGAUUUUUUGGAACAAGAGGCUUUCUGUGAUCUUCAUGAUGGAAACUUAGCGGUUACCUUCAGACUUUUCGUGAAAGUACUACGCGAGAGAAUUGCGACCACCAAUUCUACAGUUUUGAGUGACUCAUGGUUGUUCUCUCAAAAAUUUCUAACCAAAUUGAUAAUCUCAAAUGAUCCCAUUUUACUUGAUUCUGUUUCAGAGUAUUUGAUUCUUUCUAGAGAGGGCGUUGUGAAUUCUUCACGAGCCGAAGUAUCCGAAAUGCAUAAUACAAUUAUCUUGGAUUUAACCAACUAUCUUUGGAGAAAUAAGUUAAGCAAAGUAGGAUCAAUGCUUAUGCUUCCAACUUGUUUCAUUCGUAUCCUUGCGGACAUAGUUUUCCAAGUCAAUUCUCAUGUGAGUGAAAAACGCUGUUUUAACUUGCUUAAUAUCCCCGCCUUAUCAUUCGUUGGUAAAAAAGCUGUUGAACGCUUAGAAGAUGCUCUUGGGAGUGAGGCCCGCUUCCAUGGCGCAAUUUCUGAGAAGGGCUUUCUGAGUUUCAAACUGAAGGUAGGAACUGACAAGUGGCUGGAUACAAUUACUAAUUUCUAUGAAUUGAAGCUGGCAGUGCUUGCCAAAAUUAGAUACGAAGAUGCUUAUGGAAAUAUCUCGUUAUUUUUGUACACUUAUCUGAGAAGUCUCACAAAUAGUGAGGACAUCUAA